AUGACACAAGCCGCAGCACAAGUGACUGAGGGCCAAUUGGAGGACACCGUCACCGACGAGCGCGUUGGACUUUUCACUCCGGACAAAGACCGCUGCACAGCGGACGGUAUGGGCCGUGCAGCGGUCAUAGCGGCGAGGCGCGGGACCGUCUGUGGCGAAGCGCAGCUCGACGCCGCGUACGCGAAACACCGGCGACGGCUCCCGCCCGGAGGGCCGGUGCCGCCCGACUCUGCCCGCUUCUUCUCGGACCGUUUCCUCUGGUCGCGGCUGCCGGCCAGCACCCCUCCGGACGAGCUCGUCUCGCUGCUGCUGCCGGCGAUGGAAGACUACACAAGGGCCUACCUCCGGCUGCUCGCGGACCCGCCUCCCCGCUUCGAGUACGCAACCUACCGCACCGAGAGGGACCCUGCGCGCCCGAUGCUCUCGCGCUUGUUUGGCGAGGAGGCGGCCGGACGGCUGCUGCGCGAGUCGCUCUUCGACCUGCCGCUCCGCCUCGCGCGAGGGGAGCAGGCGCACUGA